GGGAGGUGGGAGAAGCAGCGGCAGGGGCAGGGACGGCGGCUGCGGAGGAGGAGGAUGGCGGCGGUGGCGAUGCUGGUGAUGAGGGCGGUGGUGACGGCGGCUUCUCCUUUCGACCGCCGCGAUGCGCUCAAGCCAGCAGCCGUUUGCAUGCGGACAGUUGCAGCCGCUUCGGUGGGGACUGCGGUGGGGACCACACCGAUGGGGCCGCGAAUGGACACCCACAUGCGCACUCACACCACCACCAUCAUCACCACCGCCGCCGCUACCCCCGCUACCUGCACCUGCCGGUGCAGCACUUCAAGCACAGCCGCACCAGCCUGCAGCAGCACCUGCAGCCGGCGCUCAGCUUCCUGUCGCACCACCUGGGCAGGGGCCGGACCGUGCUCAUACACGACACCAAUGGCCUGGAUACCUGCGUGUGCGUCGCCGUGGCGCUCCUGCUCGCAUGCUACGGCCCCGUCACCGGCGGCAGCGGCCCCAGCACCCCACCCGCCUCGUCCGCUGACUCCAGCAGCGCCGCACCGGCACCCUCCCACUCCUCCCUCCCCAUGUGGGUCGCUCCCUACCGCUGCGAAGGUGGUGUGGGCGUGCCCGCGGCCGCAGCCUCGGAGACCUCUGGAAGUGAGGCGACGGCGGCGGCGGGAGGAGCGGCUGCGGUGGCGAGUUGUUGCCACGUCAGCAAGGACGCGGUACGGCAGCGACUGGCUUACGUAAGCGCAUGGUACCCGCCUGCGCGGCCCACUCGGGGGAUGUUGCGGCAGGUGUUUAAUCAUUUCGUGCGGGCCGGCGCGGGCAUGUUGGGGGCGGAGGCGGAGUGAGGCGCUGAGGAUUGUGGAGGGCUGGGUGGAGGAGGUGCAUGUGCCGUCUGUUAAAUGUUGGUUGUGUUACUUAUGGUGUUAUUUGUGGUGUUGCGUGUGGUGUGUAUAUUUUCGAGUGUUGUCGUUGAGAUGUCUUUGGAGUGCAGUCUGAGUGAGGGUAAGGCCGCGUGCGUGAGGGCAUCCUUGCUGUUGGGCCUUACGUGCUAAGGUUUAUUAUGUAGGAGAGGGAAAGAGAGGGAGGGAGGGAGAGGCGGGGCGAUUGCGCGUGUACAGGCGGCGCGGAUGCGGUGUUGGGGCUGGUUGGCUUGCGGGGGGGCGCAGGCGCCUCCGGGGCCUGUACGGGCGCGAGGGUGCGUGUGUUCGGCAGCUCCUGACCCGCUCCUGAAUUCCGUUUGCCUGCCCCGCGCCGGAUCGCGCCAUGUGCGGAUGUUGUUGUUGUUGUUCCUUGUCCCGCAGCAGUGCGUCGCUUUAGUCGAGUGUGGAGUGUGUCAAAGCACUCCAGCGUUAGUAGCGAGGGAUGGUGUUUCUGGGUGCAGGAUUCGGCUUUGGGAUUUGUCCUACGACUUGCAAAGCGCUCUCUUCUCAAGCUAUAUGCUAGCGUGACCCGUGUAUUAAGAAAGCUGGCCGCGAGCCGUGUGUGCGCACCCACGGUCACCCUGCUGCACUUUGGACGCGGUGCGAGACGAUGAAAGGGAUGGAAACAAAUUCCCAGAAAGACGCAGGACUGACGGCCACAGGCGGGUACGGGGUGUGCUUGCCGUCGCUUAACUGCUCUAACCAGCAGCAACCCCGCCCCUGUAGGGUGGGUUUUUUCGCUGAUUCGCAGGCCUGGGCUCCGUGUGCUGCUUUUGCGCAGAGCAAGCAAACAGCCAAGCAGUGAUGGCGUUGUUGCUGCCAUCAUGAUAAGUGCACGGACGCUGUACGGACAUGGGAGGCCGCAGCGUGAUGUCUGUGUACGGUAGCGCAGGAUGGUAAAGAUGUUGCUUUCCUAGAGGCAGUACGGCGCGGAAUCCAGGGUUCUAGAAUCUAGAUGGGCGGAAUGGCAUGGGAGUCCGGAGUAUUUUUGGGUUCAACAGGGUUAGGAGCUACAAUGGAGGCCCUUAGAUGGGGCUGGGGUUGAGGGAUGGGAGCUUGUUCUGCCAAGGCUACCAUGCAAUGCAUGCAAUGUGCGGUGAUAGCGCUAUUUACGGGAUUGUAUCAGCGAUGCCGCGGGCAGCUGCGACAGGGCAGGUAUUUCUGAUUGGUCGUUUUUCUAGCCCUCCAGGAUUGGCAUUGGUUACGAGGCUUGCAGUAUUUCCAGUACCGGUACGGAGCGUUGCUUGGAUUGUUUGUGCCUGGUCUUACCUAGGCCUCAGCCAAGAGCAAUUGAUGCUCGCAACACUUCAUGAGCCUCUGGGAGACCCAUUUCAAUGGCUUUGUCCAGAGUUUGCUUACCUUCGCAAUGUUUGUUCUCCCGCAACGGGAAAAGCCUGAUCCUUGGUUCCCGCCGAACUGAGUCAGGAUCUGCUGAGUUGGUGGCCUGCCGUACCGUCGGAGGGGCGACGCCCACUAUCCAGGGUGCUUUGCUUAGCCUGGAACAGACCUGCAGGCACACUUCUUCAGCAUUAGCAAGCGUAGCUUCACAAUUUAUUUGUUCGUCAUACGUUUUGACUCUCCGCCCUCCGGCCACCAGCGGCGCAACGUUUGGUAAAAUGGGCGGCUGCUUUUCAGGAAUGUCGGAGCAAGACAAGCGGGAAUUCAAGGCUGCAGCGAAGGAGGGCGCCAAAGAGUACGGCAAGGAGUAUGCCGAAAACGCCGUGAACGACAACUAGCUGGGGCGAUGAGAAGGGGAAUCACACACGAUGAGAGGUUUGGCGGGCGUGUCGCGGCCAGCAGCCCACGUCGCAAGCCAUGCUCGUAAAGCUGGACGACUUGACCGAGUUCUUGCGGGCGAUAUGUGUCCGAGUAGCGAAUGAGCGGGGUGCCAAGGAACGAUCUUUCCGUUGUUUAGCGUACGACUCCUUAUCUCUUCUCAUCUGUGCCUGAGCCGGCGUUAGGUACACCCUUUACGCAGACGCAGGGCCAUUGACCUAACGGGUCUAGAGCGUGGUAGAGGAAUGCGAAUGUGUGUGAGCGAGCAUGCGUUUCGGGCCUAUGGAGGUGGUGCGCGCGACGCUGUGUGAUGGUUUGGAGGGUGCGACGGCGCCUGUAGCCUGCAGUUGUACGUGGCGGAGACGGCAGCAGGACAACCGGGUGUGUUUAAGCCAGAACGGUUGCAUGGGAUCUGGGUCGUUGUGUAUGUACGAGGAGUAUAACGAAAGACGCGAGUUGUGGCUGCAUCUUAGCACUGCUAACUCUUGGGACACAUGGAAGCUUGCUAGCACCGGUAUAUGGUUGCAAGGAACAUGGCGCUGUAACGCAGAG